GGCUGCAUAAGCGCGUCUCCUCAUUCUUAGCCGUCCAGCGCGGAUCGGGUGAGCGGCAGGAGCGGGCAGAUGGUGUGAGAAGGAGCGCAUCUGUCCACGGAGGAGGACGAAGCACGGCACAAGCACGAGCGGGGGACGGGAGGCUGCAAUGCUGCGUGUGUGUGUGUGUGUGGCGCGUGGAGCCGCGCGGCCGUGCUGAUGCGCAGCACAUAGUGGGCAGCGCUCGCGCUUUCCGGGCUCCUCGAUCCGCGCGGCUGCGAACAUGGCUGCCAUGAAGAUACUGACGGCCACGGGGCUCUUGCUGGCCUUCUGCUCCCUGGGCUUGCUGGCCAUGGCCAUCUGCACGGACUACUGGUACGAGACGGACGCAAGGAGGCACCGCGAGAGGUGCAAGAACUUCUCCAACAAGCGCAAUGACCGCGGCUACAUCUACAUCUCGAGCGUGAACCUGCCACUGCGCGUGGCCCCGGCGGGAGGGGUGUCGGGCGCGAGCAGUGGCCCUCAGGACAAACCGGGCUUCUUGGCUUCGGCUCCUGCCAUGGAGUCCCAGUGCAGCCGCAGGUUCAACUCCACCAUUUCGGGCCUUUGGAGGAGGUGCCACCGCGAGGGCUUCGACCUCGAGACCGAGGAGCUCAUCUACAAAGGGUUGAUCCAGCGUUGCACACCGGUGAAGUACCACUACACCUCGUCUACACUGCCACGGAACCUGCCCCUCAACAUCACCAAGACCAUCCGGCAGGACGAGUGGCAUGCGCUGCACCUGCGCAGAAUGACGGCCGGGUUCAUUGGCAUGGCCGUCUCUAUCAUCCUUUUUGGCUGGAUCGUCGGCUUCCUGGGCUGCUGCCAGCAGCAUGACUUGAUGCAAUAUGUAGCGGGGCUGCUCUUCCUCAUGGGAGGAACAUGCUGCAUUAUCUCCCUGUGCACCUGUGUAGCUGGGAUCAAUUUUGAACUUUCUCGUUAUCCACGUUACAUAUAUGGAUUACCUGAGGACAUCAGUCAUGGGUACGGCUGGUCCAUGUUUUGUGCCUGGGGGGGGCUGGGCCUCACCUUGCUGGCUGGAUUUCUGUGUACGCUAGCACCCUCCCUCAGCAGUCCCCGUACAGCAGUGCACAAGCCGAGGCAGGAAAAUGGCGCCGUGUGACAGAUGGGCCAACGAACGAACCAUCAGCAGCUCCCAACCUCUGCCAGCCCGACAAAAGCCCUUCUUUAAGAACCAUCCCAGAGUCACACGGGCAAAUGCAGACUCGCAGAGUAACAUCGCUCCGCUUGCUAGAGCACAACGUUUUCUAAAUUAGGUUUUCUGUCAAAAUGGUGCUCUAUCAUUUUUACCAUUUUUGUGUACUUUUACAGGAACCUAAUGAAAUUUUAAAAAUGCAGUUAACAAGCGAGAAAAAUCUUGUUGCUGCACAUCUCUUUUCUGAUUGUUCUUUUAGUUGGGUCAAAUGUCAUGUGUUUGGUGUUGCUGCAAAAAAGGUUGUCAACUUUAGUAGUACUUCUCGGAAGGAGCUGGGAAACUGAACAAGCUCAUCAGCCCUGAAAUUUCAGUAUGGGAUUCCCUGGAGGGAGAAGAUCAAGCGCACAAAAUUCAGGCAAGAAAUGAGCAGUUGCAUUCAAGAAAAAGUAAGAAAUCAUCUUUGAAAGGAAACUGCUCUCGGAGAAUUUCUGCUCAGAUGCCAGUCUCAACACAGCCCAGUUUUUAUAAAGAGCAACUUCUCACAGGUGGAAGAACAACCUUCAGUGGAGGUUGAAGGGAAAAAGAAGAAAUCUUCUUUCAAGCCAUUUCUCCGUAUAAGUCAAGCAUGACCCCGUUUUGAUUUGAAAAGCCCAAGAAAGACCCAGCCUUGUUUUCAACAGUUCUUAAAAUUUUCUGGGGAACCCUUCCACUCCUUUAUCCAAAGUGCACGUCGAGUCAUCUGUGAGCUCUUGAGGAGGAGUUUGAGUCAUCUCUUGGGGGUUACUUCUCCUCUCCAUCUGAUUUCAUCUUAAAUUCCACACACAUCUAGUGAACAAAAUUUUAGGAGCACAAGGAUUCUUGGAGUUUCCAUGUCAGACAAAGCACAAGCCUAGCAGACAUAAAUGACAAUGGAAAUACAUCACUCUGUACCCUUUCUACUAUACAAAGCAAAUUUCUCAUCUGUCCCACCGCACUGACAAUGCUCCAAAGUUCACAGCGAAAGCACGCUGAUGUGCACUUUCGGCCUGUGUUGUAGGAUGGGGAUACUAAAGGCAGAAGAAUUUGAGCAUUCAUUAUUCCUUCCUACCCCUGUAUGAGACCCAUGCUUGUAUAACCCAUAUGGUACUGAGGUGUUUAACUGCUCCCAUAGGGAGAGGUGAUAGCAAAUUGUUUACCUUAUGGGUUAGAAAUUACCGUACAUCUCCAGUUCUCUUUCUCACAGGACUGAGAUUUUUUUUUUGCAUAUGCGGGACAGCAUUUCACACACACACACACACACACACACACAC